AUGGUCGAUGCAUUGGAUCAUCAAGAUAUCGAGGCAUUGAGAUCACAGAUAUCUGAUUUGACCGCCAAGCUAGAGAGGUUAAAGAAUAACGAAAAUUUCCAAACGUUAUAUGCUGAACAGCAUGCAUCAGACUUUUCUCAGCUACCGAAUGAUGCCAUCGACGAGGCACCUGGUAGCAGAGAGGAGAAAUCGACCUUUGAAGGAGCUCAUCUCUUGCCGGAUCCUGCCGCCACAAGACAUAAAGAUGUCACAUCAAUUGAGCGGGAGCGUUCAGACACACCCCACAAGAAACAGGAACUAGGUUUUUCUGCGGCUCUAGGGUCGCAAUGGUUGCCAAACUCACGAGAACCAACAGAACAUAAGCUUUUCGACAGUGAUUUGGAGGAGCUCAUCAGCACAAAUAUCUUAAAUUCACCAACAAAGCGCACAGAUGAGGCCCAAUCUCUUCAAAAACAUCAAUUGGGAAUGGACGGGCUCUAUCGUGCAUUUGGUAUCAGUGUCUUUCCUGUCGUGGACCCAAGUGAUCUGGAUCGUCAAGAAGAUGGGACUGUAAGCAUUCGCAGACAAAUGCUGGGAUUGAGGCUAGAGAUUUAUAACGAGCUAAAUGCUGAAUUCGAACCGCCUUACUACGUGCUGUUCAAGCAGGACUCAAGUGCGUCUCGUUGGAAGCUUUUCAAGCAUACGGUUCCGUCUUAUGUGGGACUGGAAGAUUUGUUCGAACGAACUGGCCGCUGCAAUCCGCUCUCCAGUUUGUCCGAAAUAUCCACUUUUGGCAAAAAGGUCUAUAUGGCCUUAUUGUAUGUGUCUAUUAAGUUACAAACUCUCAGCCGGCUGGAGCAGGAGGCCAAAAUAUCGAAUCUACAAACGGAUCCAGCGUGCGCAAUGCCAUCUUUUCAAAUUCCAGGUGUCCCAACUCGUUUCAAGCUCGAGAUCGACAGCCACGACGUUGUGGCAUACUCCUGUACACCACUUGUGAAGCAAAAUUGGGCCUCGAUACUGCUGGGCCCUUUGAGUGCCCUUAGUGAACGCUUGAACGCACUAGUAGAGUAA